UUUUCUUAUCACUUUCAUAUUUUUUAAUUAUUAUUAUGCUUUCUUACUUUGUCAACAUCUUUCAAUUUAGAUUUUGAAAUGUCUUACUGAUUAAUCUUUCAAAUGGGGUUUUGCCAAUUUCGGAAUCCACCCAAUAUUUGUGUUUGUCAUUUCUGAUCAAGUUUUUUUUUUUUUUUUUUUUUUUCUUUGUUAUAUUCAACGGUUGCGGCAUUAAGUUCUUACGUAUAUAGGUAGAUAUAUAUAUUUGUCCUUUUCUAGAUUUUUAUGUGUUUGGUUACAGGGAAAAAUAAUUAUUUCCUCUCAAAAUAUCUGGGCUGGUUUUUCUUUUCCUUCUAAUCUUUCGACCCAGUCGCUAGAUAAUCCAAUCUGAUUCCUUUUGCUAAAGUCAUAUAUCAAGUUCAAGCAAUUUGAAAGAGGAGAGUUAUUGUUGGAUGAUAGUUGGCUAAGAGCAGAGCAAUGGGUGACCGUCCAUAUGAGCUUGGGAGACCUUCAUCAGGGAAAAGAAGAUUAAAGGAUUUAUUGCAUGAAAAAGAUAAUCGUGUAUGUGCUGAUUGUGGUGCACCAGAUCCUAAGUGGGCGUCAGCAAAUAUUGGAGUUUUUAUAUGCUUAAAAUGCUGUGGUGUACACAGAAGCCUUGGUUCACAUAUCUCAAAGGUCUUGUCUGUGACAUUGGAUGAAUGGUCUGAUGAUGAAAUUGAUUCAAUGAUUGAAGUUGGAGGAAAUUCUUCUGCUAACUCAAUUUAUGAGGCUUUUAUUCCUGAAGGAAUUAAAAAGCCAGGACCAAGUGCUAGUCACGAUGAGCGUUCAAAAUAUAUCCGGUCAAAAUAUGAGCUUCAAGAAUUUUUGAAACCUAGCUUGAGAAUUUCAUCCAUUUCUUCUGCAAAGACCUCUCUUCAAUCGAGUUUCUCUAGGAAGCUUAUGGAUAGUUUUCGGAGUUCAAAUUCACAUAGUUUGGAAGGAAUGGUGGAAUUUAUUGGUUUAUUGAAGGUGAAAGUGAUAAGAGGCAAAAAUUUAGCUGUCAGAGAUAUGCUGUCCAGUGAUCCUUAUGUCAUUUUAAAUCUUGGGCAACAGAGUGUUCAGACGACCGUGGCAAAGAGCAAUUUGAAUCCAGUCUGGAAUGAGGAACUUAUGCUUUCGGUUCCUCAGCCAUUCGGACCCUUAAAGUUGCGGGUGUUUGAUCAUGACCUUUUCUCAGCGGACGACAUAAUGGGAGAAGCCGAAGUUGAUCUUCAACCCUUGAUAACCUCAGCAAUGGCAUUCGGUGAUGCGGGAAUGUUUGGAAACAUGCAGAUUGGAAAAUGGUUGAAGUCAAGUGACAAUGCACUCAUAGAAGAUAGCACUGUCAACAUUAUUGAUGGGAAGGUAAAACAAGAGGUGUCACUCAAGCUUCAAAAUGUGGAAUCUGGAGAACUAGAGCUAGAACUAGAGUGGAUGCCUCUUGAACAAUAGGUACAUAUCUUGUUAUUCUUUCGAUUUUCUUCUAAUAAGAAUUUGUAACUUCAAUGAUGAGGAUAUUCGCAGGACAAUGGAACCGAACAACUUACCUUCUUUUUCUUGUAUUUAACUAUUUAUAACCUAAAAUCUCUCCCCCUUUUCUCUUUAAGUUACUCAGAUUUUGUCCAAUGAUGAAGAUGAGGUUGUAUGUCUUUUCCACUUUGUGUUUGUUCUUGUUGAUUAUUAGUUCUGUAUUUGAAUGUACAUGAGAAUAUUUAGGCUAUAUGCUAAUUGCUAAAUGUGCUUUGAUUGCUUA